AGGGGGGGGGAGGGAGAAGAAAAGCAGAAGAAAUGUGGGGGUGGGUGGGUAGCGAGUUCUUAGGAAAGGAAGGAGCCUCACCCUUUUUACCCACCCACCCCACACAUGCAGCCCGACUGGGCAUAGGAAGGGGCAGUGGUUUGGAAACCACUACCUGUUUGAUUCGGAUUUGGGGGAGCCGUGGCGGUGAGGCCGGAGGAGGAGGAGGAGGAAGAGGAGGCAGCGAAAGAGCAACAGUUGGUUUCCAUUCUGCAUAACUUUGCCCGGAGUGUGUGUGCGUGUGUGUGUGAGAGAGGGAGAGAUUCUUUCUUUCUUUUUGAUUUGAUCCACCAUGGAGGGGACAUCGGAGAGAGAAGUUUAGCAGCUGUUUCCCUUGCUUUGUAGUGGGAAAAGAGGAGGUUUUGGAUCUCUCUCUUUCUCUCCGCCCAUCUCCUGAACCUAUUUAUCACAAGGGAGGGAGGGUGGCUAGGAGAGAAAAGUUGUUUAGCUCCCUUUGAUUACAGGGAGUGGGCGGGGCCUGUUGUGCGGGAAGGAAGGAAGGAAGGAAGGAGGAAGAAGAGGAGGGAAAAAGGAGGACGGGGGAGGGGGAGACAGCGAGAAGCCCAAAGCCCGGGCACAAAGCAUCUUCCCCUCUUCACCACCCUUGCUUCCCUCCCGACGAGGACGGCUCUCCCUGCCCGGAGGUGAGGAGGACCGGAGUGCCUUCCCAAAGGCUCGAGCGGCGCCGGCUGCCAUGGAGCCGAAGCACAAAGAGCUGCUGGCCCAGUGUCACCAGAGCCUGGCUCAGGCCAUGACCGAGGUGGACAAGGUGGUCGACCUGCUGGAGGCGGCGGGCGCCUUGAACCCCCGCGACUUGCAUGAGCUGCGGGAAGCCGCCGCCGCCGCCGUCGCGGGAGGAGAAGGAGGAGGAGAGGGAGAAGGCGGUGGGGAUGCAGGAGGAGGAGGAGGAGGACGGGAGAAAGCCUCUGCCAGCGCUGGCAAAGCCGAUCUGCUCAUCAAGCUGCUCCUGGCCAAAGAUCGGGAUCACUUCCAGGACUUGCGCGUGGCUCUGGAGAAGACGCAGCCUCACCUGCUCUCCAUCCUUUACCUGAACAACGGCGUGGCCGGCGCGCAGCCUGGCGAGACGGCUGGGUCUACUUACAGUGUACUGUCCAUAAUGCCAUCAGACUCUGAAAGCAGCAGUUCUCUUAGCAGCACUGGUACAACGGGUAAAGCAUCGUCACCACCACCCACCGUUGUGGACGUGAGGCAGAUGAAUGAAAAACUGGAGACCAUUCUGUUUCAGCUCCGCCAAGUGACCCGUGAGCGGGAUGAGUUGCGAAAGCGGCUUGCACUCUCCUCUCCUGGAUCAACCUUUGAUGAUUGCAGGCCUAGUCCCAAGCCAAAUCAUGAUUAUGAGAGGUUGAAGAUACAGUGUAUGAAGGCAAUGUCAGACCUGCAGUCUCUACAGAACCAGCACACGAAAACACUGAAAAGAUGUGAAGAAGCUGCUAAGGAGGCUGAUUUCUAUCAUACGUUACAUAGCCGUCUGCUGAGUGACCAGUCACAGCUGAAGGAGGAUAUGGACACUCUGAAGCGAAAGAAUAGUCAGUUGGUACGAGAGCAUAAUCACCUUCAGCAAUCGUGCGAGGAAAUGAAGAGACUUCACGAUGAAGACCAGAAAGAGAUAACAGACCUACGCAGUCAACAACAGCAGGUUAUGAAGCAGAAUGGGUCAUCAGAGAUACUAAAUAAACUCUAUGAUACAGCAAUGGACAAGCUAGAGGGUGUGAAGAAAGAUUAUGAUGCACUAAGGAAGCGGUACAAUGAGAAGAUAGCAAGCCAUAACACUGACCUGAGCCGGCUAGAACAGACAGAAGAGGAGAACAGGCGCCUCCAAAAGCAGAUUGAGAUGUUGAUGAAACAGCGGGACACAGCAAUACAUUUCCAGCAGCAGUAUUCCUCCUCUCUCAGAAGAUUUGAGUCUGUGCAGCAAGAACUGAGCAAAGCCACAGCCCAAAACAAAGAGUUGCAACGAGAAAUGGAGCGGUUACAGUCGGAAGUGACAAGGUUUAAAACGAUGCAGCUGAAGGCUGUGAAGGAUGCAGAGAAGUACAAGGAGGAGAGGGACUCUGUGUUCAAUGAGUACCGUCUCAUCAUGAGCGAGAGGGAUCAAGUUAUCAAAGAAGUAGAUAAACUACAGACAGAGCUGGAACUUGCAGAAUCCAAACUGAAAAACACGUCCUCGGAGAAAAGAGUGGCCAGUGAAGAAAUGGAAGCUUUAAGACAGGAGCUGAAUUCUGCUCUAGUGGAACGAGAUCGGGCAAUCUGUGAAAGGAAUGAACUCUUGGAAAAGUACUGCCAUGAAGUGAAAGACAAGGCUGAGGCACAGAAGGAACUGGAUCAAGCAUGCAAGGAUAUUGAGACGGUGAAAGAAGAGAGAGAUGUAGCCAGAAAGGAAAGGACAGAAGCCAUCAUCCAGAGGGACCAUCUGCUAAGGGAAUAUUAUCAAGCUCGGCAGAUACAAGAUUCUGCUACACUAGAUAUAGAAAGAGCUAACAAGGAAAUUGAAAUGCUCCGCAAGCAAUAUGAGGCCAUGUCACAAGAGUUAAAAGAAGCUGUCCAGGAAGCAGAAGUAGCAAAAUGCAGAAGAGAUUGGGCCUUCCAGGAACGUGACAAAAUUGUUGCGGAACGAGAAAGCAUCAGGACUUUGUGCGAUAACCUGAGGCGAGAAAGAGACAGAGCGGUGAGCGAUCUGGCCGAGGCUCUACGCAAUCUGGAUGAUAUGAGGAAGCAAAAGAACGAUGCUGUGCGUGAAUUGAAAGAAUUAAAAGAGAAGAUGGAGAAUCAGUUGGAAAAAGAGGCACGGUUCCGGCAGUUGAUGGCCCACAGCUCUCAUGAUUCAGCCAUUGAUACAGAUUCUCUGGAGUGGGAAACAGAAGUAGUUGAGUUUGAGAAAGACAGGGAAGAUAUGGAUUUGAAAGCCCUCGGGUUUGAUGUGGCUGAAGGUGUGAAUGAACCAUAUCUUCCUGGAGACUGUGGAAUAUUUGUUACCAAAGUGGACAAAGGAAGUAUUGCGGAUGGUCGAUUAAGAGUGAAUGAUUGGCUGCUGAAGAUAAAUGAUGUGGACCUUACUAACAAAGACAAGAAGCAAGUAAUAAAGGCCGUACUUAAUGGUGGAGGAGUUAUUAAUAUGGUAGUUCGAAGAAGGAAAUCCUUAGGAGGAAAGGUGAUAACACCCCUGCACAUCAAUCUUGCUGGCCACAAAGAUAGUGGAAUUGGUCUGGAAAAUGGAAUUUUUGUUGCCACUGUAGUGCCUGGUAGCCCAGCUGCCAAAGAUGGGUCCCUCACAGUGGGAGAUAGGAUAAUUGCCAUAAAUGGCAUUGCACUUGAUAAUAAAUCACUGACUGAAUGUGAAACUUUGCUGCGAAACUGCCGGGAGUCUCUUACGCUUUCAUUGAUGAAGGUUUUUCCUCAAAGUUCAAGCUCAUCUUGGAGUGGUCAGAACAUAUUUGAAAACCUCAAGGAUUCAGAGAAAAUGUCAAACUGUAGGGUCCAUGCAUCAGAGGUACAAGUUCAGAAUAAAAGAAACUUAAAACACAACAGUUCAACCCAAACGGACAUUUUCAACCCAGACAUAAUGGAUGUCAAGAAAGAUCAGAGUGAUCAAGAGGGAGGUGGUUUGUAUUGUGAUCUCAAACCAUUCUCCAGCAGCGUUUUACACACAGACACUCACCGGAGCCCUGUACAUGGAUGCCACAGUAACUCAGAGCACAGCCUUGGCUCCUUUAGUCCAGAUGUCUAUGGGGAGCCCAGCUAUGGGAUAGUUAAUCUGGAUAGCAGGAGGCUGCCCUUUGAGCCCACGGUUGCAGAUUGUGUGAUGGUUGAGAACCCAUCAGACAAAGGACAUGGUGGCAAACAUAGUGGAGGCACUUGGCCCAAGGUUGUGGUCAACAUUGCGACCACAGAAACUGAAAAGUUCUCUGUGUACAAAAAGCCAAAACAGAGGAAAUCCAUCUUUGAUCCAGACACUUUCAAAAGACCUCUGACUCCUCCCAAAAUGGACUAUCUGUCCCCCAAUCAAGUGUUGGCUCAUUCACCCCAGGCCUCCAAAAGUGAAGCUGUUCCCACCCCUCCCACCCCUCCCAAGAGAAGUGACUCUAUUAAAUUUAAACACAAACAACAGGCAAGUUCCACCUCAGAGUCAACAGUCACUACUGGCUCCCCACCUACCAGCCCAGCCACAGUCCAGCCCCCUGAACUCAAGCCAGACUGUGGCCUUCACAAGGGCCGAGGAAGACCAUCUGGACAUUACUACAGAGAAGAAGGGGUUGACCCUGUCCAUUUGCCUUCUAGAAAAUCCUGUGAAGAGGACAUUGGCUUUCAAAGAGUGGAAGAGCCUGAAAUCAAAAGACCAAGGCCCAAGUCUGCUCCUGCCUUGAGACAUAAACUUACUCCUGUGCUCAUUCCUAACCCAUCUCAUCAGGUACAAAAAUACACUCCAGCAAGUGAAGAACUUCUUUCUCCUGAACUACAGGAGUGGCCAACAUAUUCACCAAAACGGUCCAGUAGGCAUAGUGAUGGCUUUGUGCCUACCUCUUUAUACCCUGGGAGCAUGUCAGCAGGUACUGUACCAAGGAACAUUGCACCAUGUCCUGCAGUAACAGCUGUUAUGCGAAAUCCUAUUUACACUGCCUGGAGUCAUAGGGUUAGCACCACUAACUGUCCAUCUGUCGCCAGUCAAUAUUGCCAUCAGCAUCUUCAUCCCAGUGCUCAACACCAAGGUCGCUUGAGUUUGGACCUGAGUCACAAACACUCCAAUGAGUGCUCUGAAAACACACGCACAAGAUCAUCACAUGGUUCCAAUUCACUGCCCUCUAGUGCAAGACUUGUAGGUUCUUCCAGCAACUUGCAGUAUAGAACAGAACGAAUAAAAAUACCCUUGACACCAAGAUACCCAAGGUCCAUCAUUGGCUCUGAUAGGGGUUCAUUGUCACAUUCCGAAUGUAGCAGUCCAAGCCUAAUAACUCCUCCACAGUCACCACUUAACCUUGAGACGUCAUCCUUUGCCAGCAGCCAGUCACAAAACUCCCUUUCCACAAUGCCCCGGAUCUCAGUGAGUCCAGUAUCAAUAGGACAACGUCGGAAAGAUAAGCCAUAUAUGGAAGAACCACGUCACGUCAAAGUGCAGAAAGGCUCUGAGCCACUUGGAAUCUCUAUUGUGUGCGGAGAAAAUGGUGGAAUCUUUGUAUCAAAAGUGACUGGUGGCAGCAUCGCCCAUCAGGCUGGCCUGGAAUAUGGUGAUCAGUUACUGGAGUUUAAUGGAAUAAACCUGCGGAAUGCUACAGAGCAACAAGCCAGACUCAUCAUUGGGCAGCAGUGUGACACCAUAACAAUUCUAGCACAGUAUAAUCCACACAUGUUCCAGCUGGGCAACCACUCGCGGUCAAGCUCCCGGCUAGAACCUGUGAGCAGCCAUUCCACCCCCCAAGGCAGUGGAGCUGCCACGCCUGAUAGCCAUUCCAUAAUUGAUACUGUGAGCGAACAAGAUGAAGGGACCAUGACGCCCCCAUCCAAGCAGACCACCCCAACUACCAGUCCCUGCAAUUCAAUGAGGAAUUCUGUGGACACAUCUAAGAAACCACCUGAACCUAGAAUGGUUACCCUUAAGAAGUCUCAAGUGGAACUUGGAAUCCAAAUCUGUGGUGGAAAUCUGUAUGGAAUAUUUGUGUCUGACAUAGAAGAUGACAGCCCUGCCAAAGGACCUGAUGGGCUGGUGCUAGGAGAUAUGAUACUUGAGUAUGGAUCUGUUGAUAUGCGGAAUAAAACAGCUGAGGAAGCUUACCUUGAAAUGCUCAAGCCAGGUGAAAAUGUCAGAAUAAAAGCACAGUACAGAGUAGAAGAAUUCAACAGGAUCAAAGAGCUGCCUGGAGAUGGAUUCUAUGUCAGGGCACUUUAUGACCGACUGGCAGAAGUGGAGCAGGACUUGAGCUUUAAGAAAGACGACAUUCUGUAUGUCGACAACACUCUGCCACAGGGGAACUUUGGUGGCUGGAUGGCAUGGCAGCUGGAUGAGAAUGCCCAGAAGCUGGAAAGAGGGCAGAUUCCCAGCAAAUACAUGAUGGAGCAGGAAUUCUAUAGGAGGCACAGCAUGUCUGAGGCUAAAGAGGAGAACAGCUCUGCAAAGUCAUCAUCGGCAGCAGCUCGAAGAUCAUUCUUUAGGAGGAAACAUAAACACAAACGCAGCGGGUCCAAAGAUGGAAAGGAUUUGCUGGCCCUCGAUACCAUCAGCACAGACUCCAUUCCUUUCUUAGAUGAUACUGUAAGCCUUGCUUAUCAGCGAGUUCAGAAAGUGGAGUGCACCUCUCCUAGGCCCGUGCUUAUUCUAGGGCCAUUACUUGACGCUGUGAAGGACAUGUUAGUCAAGGAGUCUCCAGGAAAAUUUUGCAGGUGCCCUCUUGAAGUGAUGAAAGCUUCUCAACAAGCCAUCGAGCGGGGUGUGAAAGAUUGUCUAUUCAUAGAUUAUAAACGCAGGAGUGGACAUUUUGAUGUGACAACUGUUGCCUCAAUAAAGGAGAUAACAGAGAAGGAUUGCCACUGUCUCUUGGAUAUCGCUCCCCAUGCCAUCGAACGUCUGCACAGCAUUCACAUUUACCCGAUCGUCAUCUUCAUUCGUUACAAAAAUGCCAAACAGAUCAAAGAACAGAAGGACCCCAUUUUCCUGAAAGAUAAAGUUACACAGAAACAUUCCAAAGAACAAUUUGAGACUGCUCAAAAAAUAGAACAGGAAUAUAGCAAGUACUUCACAGGAAUAGUCCAAGGCGGUCCUCUUUUAACCAUUUGCACUCAGAUCAUGACGACUGUUGAUCAAGAACAAAACAAAGUCCUGUGGAUUCCAGCUGGACCUCUGUAGACAUUCCCUGUGCAACGACUGAAACUCUGCAACAAACUGUGCAUAGAUAGUUGACGAGGGGCUUUGGCCUAUAACCCACAUGAAGGGUUUGUCAUGAGCAGCAUUACCUGUGAGGUGUGCAUGGAACACCGUGGCUCUUUCAUUGCCAGAAUUUUUUUGUGACAUAGAAGUGGACAUUUCCAGAAUUUCUUUUUUUCCCCAUAGGAAUACUUUAUGAUGCUGCAAAAGAAAGAGAGAGUGAAUGACAGAAACCCUUUAGGAUGCGUUUACACCCCCCCCAAGUGUUUGGUGGUUUGUGUUUACUUGAAUUUUUCCUUUUUUUACAAUCUCUUCUCUCCCCUGUCCCACCCUCCUUCCCACCCUCCUCUGCUUCUAAUGCAAAAAACAAACAAAAACAAAACACAAUGGAAUGGAAUUUUUAUAUACCGAGAGGGAAUGACUUUUCCAUGAAGUGUGGUUGUGUGUCCUUUGGUGAUAGCCAUUCUCCUUCAGAAUAAAUGCAUGAAUUGUGAAUGGUCUUCUCAUAGAUACAUGUUUUUUGAAGUGAAUUCAGGGGGAAAGCGGCGAUCCUCCGACACAGGGGUCGGGCCACUGUUUGUAUUUCAUGAAUUCUUGAUCUUUUAGAAGUUUUUGGCUUCUUUUAUGCAUGAAUUUGGUACUUAAACGUCACCAUGUAUCCAAUCAAACUGCUCACUGUAUAUUCAAACACAAUAAUUGUGGGUUACUGAGUCUGCAUUAAGCAGGAAGAGUUCAGAGUUGGCCUUGAUUGUGUAAUGUUAUCACGCAUAGAUGGUCUGUUGUCAUUGGAAGCUUAUGCUUUCUUCUUUGCUGGAGUGUAAUAACCAUAGGGAUUUUUAUUUAAUUAGAAGCACAGCCUCAGUUUUAGAGAUCUGGAAAGCUCUAGCAUUGUCCUGUGACUGUCAUUUUGCCACUGUCUACAAAUAAUAAUAGUGUGUGGUGUGUUUGUUUGUUUGUUUCUUAAUUUUUUAUUAUGAUUUGUAUUUCCUGACUGUACCAAAUUCCAUUGUAAGUUUUCUUUUUUUGCACUUCGAAAGUCAUUUUCCAACCAUGUUUUUUAUUUUCCCUUCAUUAAAAAAAUUGCAUGUCAUGUUUUAUAGGUACUGUAACUUUAUUGUUAAAGUAUCCAUUUGAGUAGAGCUGCAUUUGUGAUUACUGUUCCUAACAUUUCAUUAUCUAGAUAGUUAUCCUUUUUGUUUUUGCCCUUUAGUUUGUAGUUGUUCCUUUUUAUUUACAUUAAUUAAAAAAGGGAUUCUUGCACAGUUGUUCGAAGACAAAAUUUGGUUGGAAAUUUUAACCUCUGUUUUACAGAUACUAUUUUAUAGUUCAAAAUAUGGGAGAGAGAGGAAACGCAUAGAAAGCCUAUUGAUAAAUUCUUAGUUGAAAUACUGUUUAUAAGUUGAGGGACAGCAGUUAUAUAUUUUUUUUAAAGAGGGAGGCCUGAGUGGGACUUCAGCGGUACGAUUGAAGCAAACUGGUACUGUUGCAACAUUAAUUUUCUGUACUAAAAAUAUGUCAUUUUGUAUUAAAACAAACAAGUUAAA